AUGGCAAUGCUCGGGUCCCAGCUGCUGCCGCUGGGGCUGCUCCUGUGCCUGGGACAGCUGUGUCCCCCUGUCAGCUGCAUCAUACCCCCUUACGACUGCCUGUUCUUCAGGAGUGUGGUCACCGCCACGUCCUCUGAAAUCCAUGCCAGCCCAAACAUCUACGAACCCAGCACAUUCUAUACAGUGUCAGUUCCUGUGAAUAACAGUAUUACAUAUGUGGUCCUUCGGGUAAUGGACCAGAAGGAUGCAAUCAUUGGCACCUGGGAAUUCGCCGACAAGUAUUGCAACAACAGUGUCCUGUAUCACUUGAAGAGCUCACACGGCAAUCAGUUCAAGGCAAAAUGGCUGUCUCCUAGUUUCACGAACAUUACUGAAGUCGAGCUACAAGUCUUCACUGCCAAUUCCGAAACCUCGGCUACAGCUUUUUAUCUGAAACUGAAAAAGGAUGAACCAACCUCCAUCUUCACCACCAAGACCUACACAACGAAGCCAACCACAACCCCACCCCUCAGCCCCAACCCCCACCAAACCGCACCUCCCCAACUAAUCACAACCCCCCAACUAACCACAACCACAACCCCAAGCCACAAACUAACCACAACCCCAAGCUACAAAUUAACCACAACCCACAAGCAAACCCCAACCCACAAGCUAACCACAACUCACAGCGGGACCAAAAGCUCAGCCAACAGAGCCUUCGUCAGCCCCGUGAGAGAUGCCUUUCAGAUCCUGCUUGUCUUUCUCACCAGCAAACUCCUCUUCUAG